AUGCCUAUGGCAAUAGGCGUGUUGGAGACAAUGGGCACGCCUGGCGGCUGCAAGGGCAAGGCGAAGGUAGGUAAGGCGCGGAUGUGUGCUGUCGCAGUGGCGGGUGUGGUGCACUAUGGCGGCUGGGAGGGUGGUAUGGCUAGCUACAGUUGGCUGUUUGCCCUUGUGGGCGGCUACUCGCUGUGGCCAAUUCGAAAAGGGCUGCUAGGCAAAGGGCGCGCGAUGGCCAGGGAAGGGGCAUGCGCUGCUCUGGCUGGGGCGCGCAUUGCUCUGGCUGGGGCGCGAAUUGCUCUGGCUGGGGCACGCAUUGCUCUGGCUGGGGCGCGAGCUGCUCUGGAUGGGGUGCGGGCGGUGCUCUCGCUGGGGCGCACACUUUUCUGGCUGGGGUGCGAGCUGCUCUAG